AUGCCUAAAGAUUGGAAGGCGAAUAAUGACCUAAGAAAAGAGCAGUUUAGUCUGCUGCAUAAGAAAAACUUCAAUGUUAGAAAAAUGCAUACAGCCGUGAAACUGAACGAAAUGAUACGGGAAAAAAGUCCGGAUGCUCAACUGAUUGUUAUCAAUCUGCCGGGACCGCCAGAAUUGACAAAUGGACAGUACUGUUAG